AUGAAAUCAGCGAAAGUUUCCCAAUUGGAGGAACGUAUCGAGACUUUAACAAAACUGAUCACCUCUUGCAAGACCGUGUUCCCUACACCCAACGCUGGGAGCACACCUGAAUCAUCAACGUUACCCACUCCUCCAGUGUCGACCACACAAGAGAGCAAUGGUCAGGGUGAACUGGGUGCCGUUCUAGAAUGUGGGUAUUGGGUACCAAAUCUAAACCAUGGGAUACGUGCUCCUCUCGAACGAGAUGGAGACGGAAUGUUCAGCUUUUACCUCCCAGAAGCAUACCAGGAAAAGCUGUUGAAUUUCUUUCGUGCUGAGAUGAACCACCACUUCCCCUUUGUGAUAGUACCUUCCAUACUCACUGCCGGACUGUUUCGUAAAGAUCACCCUUUUCUGUUCAGAGCUUGUAUUGCCGCUGCUGCCCACUGCGACCCGCCAAAUCAGAAGCGGUUGGGUGAAGACUUAUUGAAGACGAUAGGGGAACGUAUGCUUGUGCGUUCCGAAAAGUCGCUGGAUCUACUCCAAGGAUUGCUGGUUCUCAUUGCAUGGUAUCAAUUUUACAACCACUUCAACCCUCAAAUAAUGAAUCUCCUCCACCUGUGCAUGGCGUUAACAGUUGAUCUCGGCUUGAACCGACCACAGCCUACUGGAGCACAGUCGCAGCUUCGCGUAGUGAUCGACACCGCCUCUUUGUUGCAUGGAAAAGGGUGUACACAAGGCUUGAGGACUGCCGAUGAACGUCGUGCUCUGUUAGGAUGCUACUGGCUUUCCGCCAAGAUGUCUUAUUCUUUCAAACGAGUUGAUGCCAUGCGUUUCACCGCACAUUUGGAGGACUGCUGUCAAGUAUUACUUGCAGAAGCCGAGUACCCUUCGGAUAUUGCUCUUGUCCAACACGUUCGCCUUCAGCGUGUCGUUGAAAGAUACAUACCCCAAGCAUUGGGCCAGCCAUGCCUACCAGUUCCUGUCAGGAGUUUUGUGAAGUGUUUCGAAGAGGACAUCCAAAAGUUCAGGCAAAGUAUCCCAAGGGAUCUUUUGAAAGACGCUCAUCUUGAAAUACAUAUACUAGGAGCUCAGAUUGGAAUGUAUGAGAUCAUUCAAAUGACCGACUGCGACCUGCCUAUCCAUAGGAUAGAAGCAUGGUCCGCGUGUUUGAAUCGUGUUGGCGAGUUUUGGGACUGCUUCCUGUCCCAGCCUAACGAACAGCUUCCGAACUUGACAUUCAUGUCAUGGCUGCAUACCGUCCACAUCCUACUUGUCGUUGCAAAAUUAUCCUUCAUACCAGCGGAAGGGUGGGACUUGGAUUAUGUUCGCACCAAAUGUUCCUUUGCCACCUUGACUGAUCGGCUCAUUGAGAAGCUUUCAGCAGUAGCCAAAUUGGAAACUGGCUUUCCGUCACCACGACCUCUCGCCAUACGAUUCAAUAUGUACUGUGAGAAGAUGCGGAUGUGUAAGAGAUGGUAUGAAGCGAAGAUCAACGCAGAGGAAGCUGUGAAGGCAUCCGAACAGGCAGCCGUAUUUGCAGGAAGAUCAGCAAUUCCUGGUCCUGCUUCCCCAGAUCUAGAUUGUCCGGGACUAUUUGACACCUUUGACGACACUGUUUGGCAGGAUUUUAUGUAUGAUUGGGCGGCUCCUAUGCAAUUUUGA